AUGAUUGAUAUAAUCGCUUUGUUCUACGUAUUUAUGGUAACUUUUGAUGUUGCGACGGUUUCUGGUGAUAAGGCUGAACCAAGGCAGGAUGGAUUAACCCAGUAUGCAGGAAAUGCCGAUGACACCUCCUCUCUUUACGAUGACAGAGGAAAAAUGCGGAUAAAAGUUGGUCAUAUUGGAGCACUGGGAGCCUUGCGAAACGAUGACGUGAUUCUCAAUAUUUCACGUAAAUCGCUAAUCAGUGAAAAGAUACUGGACGAUGAAUUUGACUUGGAAUUCAUCUCACAAAAUGGUUGCGGCGAAUCUUAUGAAGGUGUGGCUGUAGCAGCUGAUAUGUACCAUCUUCAAAAAGUCAAGGUUUUUAUCGGACCCUAUUGUGGAGCGGAGAUGGACGCCGUGGCACGAAUGGCUGCAUUUUGGAAUGUUCCCGUAAUUGGUUACAUGGCAGCAGCAAACUCACUCUCAGACAAAAAAGCUUAUCCCACCCUGGCUCGAGUUUCGCUAAGAACAACAAAUUCGAUAGCCGAGGCUACAGCUGCUUUGUUAAGACAUUAUGGAUGGAAAAAGGUGGCCAUUGUGACUAAUACAGGAACUGUGGCUUACGAUCGUUCUGUCGCUUUCGAGGCGGUUUUUCAUGCGAAAAAUAUCACUGUGACUAAAAAGGAUGGAGCAAAAGAUGUUUCCCCUUGGAUUGGACCUGACGGAGCAAUUUUACAAAAGGUCAAGGAUCAGUAUGCCAAUUCCAUUAUUAUAGACGACGUGAAUAGUUUCGACAACUCAAUAAUUGGACCCUUUUUGGAGCGAAUAAAGGUUGCUGGCCUAACAGAAGCAGACGUAGACCUUGCGAACAUCUACGGAUAUUUAUACCUUUUCGACGCUGUGAAACUAUAUGCCUUGACAGCAAAGAAAGUCAUGAACGAGACUGGAGACUCAAAAAAUCUCCUGAAUGGAAGACUAAUGUGGAAUGCAAUGCGAAGAAUGAAAUUUGACGGAAUGCUCGCAUCUUCCGGGGUAGCAUCUGGGAUCGUUACCAUGGAUGACAUAGCUGAACGAGCACCACUUUACAGAGGAUUCUUCGUGUCACCAAAUUCUGACCAGGUCGAUUCUAAGGUCCUGUCGAUGGUCCAUAUGGAACCAACUAUGAUUCCUAACUGUGAUGGUCUACGAAGCAAAUCCGGUUGCUACGAAAUUGUAGUCACGGACAUGAUGCGCGAAUUUUGGCCAUCGGCCGAUAAGCGGAUGCCAAAAGAUGAGCCCGAAUGUGGUUUCCGUGGAGAAAGAUGCGAUUUUACUUUGCUUAUCGUUGGCGGUGCUUUGAUGAUUACUGUACUGCUCUUUAUGUGUGGAACAUAUUUUCUACAUAAAUUUUUGCAGAAAAAGGCGUUGGACAAGCUAACUUUCCGCAUAUAUCGCGAUGAAAUGCAAUUCAUUGACGAAGAACAGCUGAAAAGCAUGCUGUCACUUGGCAGCACGAGAACAAAAAUGAGUAACGCAAACUACGGCACAAGAAAUCAUGCCAUUGUUGGGACGAAUACUCAUGCCAUAUAUCACAAGUAUCCACAACGUCGUCCAAUAACAUUCAACCGUACCGAUAAAAAAUUGCUUUGUUCGAUGAAGCAAGCUGUACACGACAAUACUAACCCAUUCUUGGGCAUCUGCUUCAACGAAAAAGAGGAAGUACUCAUAGUUUGGAAAUUUUGUUCAAGAGGAUCGCUGCAGGAUAUCAUUUACAACGAUAACAUUGCUCUGGAUCAAAAAUUCCAUGGAGCAUUUAUUCGUGAUAUUUUGAACGGCCUUGAGUAUCUUCACGCUUCCAUUGGCUAUCAUGGAGCUUUAUCAACGUGGUCCUGCUUGAUUGACCGAAGUUGGAUGAUCAAGCUGACUGAUUAUGGAAUUGCGGACGCUGUAGAGCGCUGGGAGAAUGAACAAGCGAUAUCCGUGGAUGCACUGAAAGGAGAUGACGAUAAGACUCAAGCCACUCAAGCAACCAGCGCACUUUAUGAAGCUCCUGAACUGUUGAAAAAUCGAGAGAAGAAUCGAGGUCGUCGAAUGGAUCAGGACUGGUCAAAACAGACACAGGGACGUCGACAGCUUGGCGACAUUUACGGACUUGGCGUAAUUAUGUACGAAAUCAUUUUUAGAGCUUUACCCUUCCCCGACGGCACUGAUAUAAGUGUGCUAGUUGAGAACAUCAAGAAUGGCUCAAAGAUUACAAAACCGUCAAUUCAAGACAAUAAGGUCUUGAAUAUGGAUCUGAGCAAUCUCAUAAGCGACUGCUGGAACAAAACACCGGAAAUGAGGCCUACUCUAAGAAGAAUAAAGCUCAACGUUGAAACUUAUCUGAAAGUAAAAGGAAGUCUAGUCGACCAGAUGAUGCGUAUGAUGGAGCAGUAUGCAAAUAACCUGGAAAAGCUUGUACAAGAAAGAACGGGUAUGCUGGAAGAAGCGAACAUCAGGGCGGACAAGCUUCUUAGUCAACUUCUCCCAGCUUAUGUGGCUAAAGAGCUCAAGUUUGGACGGCCAGUACCUCCGAAGUCAUUUACCUCAGCCACUGUGCUCUUCAGUGAUAUCGUAGAAUUCAGCGAUAUGUGUAAAAAUGCAACUCCGCUACAAGUUGUCAAUGUACUCAACGGAGUUUUCGAUGGUUUUGAUCAAUUUAUUGCACGUCGCGAUGCUUACAAGGUGGAAACGAUCGGUGACGCGUACAUGGUUGUGUCUGGAGUACCAGAAGAAAAUGGGCACCGUCACAUCAACGAAAUCGCCAGCAUCGCUCUUGAUAUUCACAAGUUCCUCACCGAAUUUGAAAUUCCUCACCAGCCAGGAAAAAGAGUAGUAUGUCGCCUAGGAUUCCACACAGGGCCUGUUGCCGCUGCUGUAGUCGGAAUGAAUGCUCCACGAUACUGCUUGUUUGGAGAUGCGGUGAACAUGUCCUCAAGAAUGGGAAGUAACGGAGCACCUGGUAGAACGCAAAUCAGUGAAGCAGCCAACACGCUUUUGAUGAAGGAAUACCCAGAAUAUGAGACGGAGCUCCGAGGCGAAAUUCCAAUCAAGGGCAAAGGAAUGUGCAACACAUAUUGGUUGAAUGGAGUGAAGAGAACCACGUCAAAUGCUUAUUUGGCUCCUAGCGCAAAAGGGGGAAAUAACUUUGGUGGACUACUGGGUUCAUCUGGUUCCGCGUCCGCUACAACGUCAUUGAAGAACCCAACGGGAAGUAUGAUGUCUAAAGUAUCAUCGUCAUGA